AAUGCGGAUCACAGUGCAAAGUACAUUUAUAACCAAUUAUACGAAAUUCAAGAAACGAAAAAUGCAAAAAGUGAAAAUGGCCACUGGAGGAGAGGGAAGCAGUGGAGAAAACACCUUUACAGAGUUUAUGAAUGAGGUGAAGGCCAUUGAGAAGAGAGAUUCUGUAUUGACAAGUGUGCAGCAAAUUGACAGGCUUCUCCGACCGGGGUCUAAGUACAGCAACUUAAAUCCUUACAAUGUACUGAUGAUAGAUGCAGACUUGACUUUGGAUAAAAUAAAGAAAACGUACAGAAAGCUUUCCUUUCUAGUUCAUCCAGACAAGAACCCAGAUGACAAAGAUAGAGCUCAGCUAGCUUUUGAUGCUGUGAGUAAAGCAUAUGAGAUGUUCAACGAUGAGGAGAAGUAUGCCUACUGUAAAGGUGUAAUAGAGGAGGCUGAGGCUCUUGUAGAGCACAAACUGGAGGAGAAACGAGCACUUGCCAAAAAAUCUGGCAAAAUAACUAUUGAAGAAGAUGACCCGGAAAAGUGCAAGACUUUUUUCAACAACACCCUGACGAAGUUGUUUGUUGAUCUUGACCUGAAGAAGAAGGCGAUGGAAGAGCGAGACAUUCAUGAGAGGAAGAGGAAGAGGGAGGAGGUGGAUGAAAUCAAGGAGAAGGCCAAGAAGGAGAAGGAAUGGAAGGAACAGUGGGAGGAGACUAGAACAAAGCGAGUGGACAGCUGGAGAUCAUUUCAAGACAGUAAAACUAAAAAGAAAAAGAAAGGCAAAGGUUUAUCUACAGGACUAAAGCCACCAAAAUUGAAGCUAGAGAAAAAAUAACAUUUCUGACUUUAACAAUGCAUGCAUGUAAUAUAUUUACACCUUCGACAUUUCUGUGAUCUUUGUUUUAUCAGUCAUAAAUUAUAUACAGUA